UUGAUCUGGCUUGACCUGGGGUCUCCCUGCCUCCCCACUUUACAGAAAACCCCACUGAGGAGACACAGCUGGGCUGUCUUCCUUCACUCUGACAUCUGCUCUCCCCGCUCAAUAAAAACCUUGGCUGGCGCGGUGGGAAAGCGACAGAAGCAGCUCCCAGGUUCACCAAAGCCACCUGCCAACUCUCGCUGGCCACCAUGCCCAAGCGCAAGGCUAAAGGGGAUGCCAAAGGUGACAAAGCGAAGGUGAAGGAUGAGCCGCAGAGGAGAUCAGCGCGGCUGUCGGCUAAACCUGCCUCUCCCAAACCGGAGCCCAGGCCUAAAAAGGCCCCGGCCAAGAAGGGAGAGAAACUUCCCAAAGGGCGAAAAGGCAAAGCAGAUGCUGGUAAAGAGGGCUCCAACCCCGCCAGAAACAGAGAGACCUCCGCAGCCCAGGCCCAGAGAGUGGAAGGCACCGGGGACGGAAAGUGAAUUCUCCGUUUUGACGGCUCUGUACUCGUGAUGACUGCUGUUGGAAACACAUUUUUUAAAAAAAUCAAGUUUUAUAAACAUGAUAGACUUUAGGUUUAGGUUUCUUUCUUUCUCUCUCUUUGAAGAUGUUCUUGUUAGAAGACAGAAAGCUUCCUUGUCUUUUGUGGAAAGGUCAAAAUAUCACCAAAAGAAUGUGUUUCAGGAGUGAGAUGGAAGAGGAAGAAAAUACGAUUUUCUACCCAGGCUGUGAGGAGUGUUCUUGAUGGCCCUGAGGAGUCCCCUCACCCUCACACCUCAGGGCAUUCUGACAUCACAGCCUUGCGGUAGGUGGGGGUGGGGGCAAAGCUACAGUCUCCUCUUUCCUGAUGCUGGACCUGUAGACCUGACUUCUUCAAAUAAGAGUCUUCGUGUGGUCCCGCACCCCCAAAGCGAACAGGGCCAGCUAACAAUCCUGGGUCAAGGCAGACUCUGGUGACAACAUGAAGAUAGUGUGGCUCCAAAGACCCAAGUCUCUCUGUGUCGUUUGCGACUCUGCAGUUCUAGAGAAUUCUCCAGUUUUCAGUGCGUUUACCUCCACCUCAGUGUGGACCUGGGACGAGCCCUUCAACUACAGGCCUCACACGGGAAGAACACGGCUCAGAAACGUUUUGUAGUUCAAAGCAGCAAAAAGGGACUUGGUUGCCUUUCACAACGACUUUGUUCCAGAGGGGAAUUUGGAAGUUUAAAAUGUCACUAACGUCCCGGUGGGAGUCAUAGGGUUGUUUGUGAAGAGGAUCUUAUAGAGCUGAAUACAAUUUGCUUGGAAGGGGAAGUCUGUCAUUUCUUACCUAAAGCCAGAAGGACAUUCUCCUGGGCUGCCUUGUAAAAUCUUGCAGUUUUGUUUUUCACAUCUGCCUUUAGUCAGUCUGCCCUGGUUUUUGUGAAAAGUAUGAGGUAGAAUAUAAUUUAAUGUGGUUUUUUCCAUAUGGGGAAAUAGUCCCAGCUUUGAGUACUGAAAAUUUCAUCCUCCCCCCACUGAUCAAUGACAUUAGCUGUUUCAUAAAUUUAAGUUUCUGAAUCUGUGUAUGUGUGAAUCUAUUGAUAGAUUUUUCUGCCAAAAUGCUCAUCAAUUUGUCUAGCAUUGUGCAGUACACUCCUGUCCUGACUUCUACACUUUUUAAAACAAGAUUUUGAUAUUAGAGUACAAAUUCCACCUCCACCGUUAACAUCGUCGUAAAAUGUUUCUUUGCCAGGAGUGUCUUGCCUAAUUUUAGCCAUUUAUUCUUCUGAGUUCUACAUUAAAAAAACAGAAGUGUUGGGAUUUUGACUGGAUUUCUAUUGAGUUAUAAAUUAAUGUGGGGAGCUAUGCCACCCUUGGUCUUCUAAUCCAUCAACAGUAUAGCUCUCCAUUUACUUAGGCCUUUGAAACAUCCUUCAAUAAAGUUUUAUAAUUGCUA